UUAACAGCUGAAAUUUUGCGAAAAACAAGGUGUGAUUGUCGAAAGUAAAUUCUGUAAGUCUAAGGUGUGAAGAACCUUAUUCAAGAGCAUGUAGCAGCGUAUAUGGACGACAGACAACAGAUAAAGGUACUUUUCUUUGCGAAAAGUCGAGAACUUGUGGGGAAGAAAGAGAGCACAGUUCUCCUCUCAGGGCAAAUCCCAACGAGGCAACUUAAGGCAGAGCUGUUGAAAGAAUUUCCAAGUUUACAGGUAAUUGAAGCCAACCUGGUGCUGGCGGUGAACCAGGUAUAUGUGGAUCUUAACAGCGACGAGGUCUUGAGCCUUUCACAGACAGAUGAGAUAGCUGUCAUCCCACCCAUUAGUGGAGGCUAACCAUUAUAAAACUGCAGCGAUGACCGACCACAUAUACCUGACGUCGGAGAAGCUCAGCGUGGACGAGAUCACGCAGCUAGUCUCGGCUCCCGACUGCGGGGCCGUCUCGCUGUUUGUGGGGUUUUCUUGCGAUGUAGGCUCGACGCGAGACAGCUUUGAGGGCCGAGUCGUCAAACAGCUGGAAUACGAGGCGUACACGCCGAUGGCGGAGGCGGAAAUGCGCAACAUAUGCGCGAUGCUGCGGGAGAAAUGGAGAAUCAAACACAUCGCCGUGUUCCACAGACUCGGAGUGGUGCCAGUAAUGGAAGCCAGUGUCAUUAUCGCCGUGUCGUCAGAACACAGGACUGACUCCUUAGAAGCUGUCAGCUUUGCUAUCAAUGCGCUCAAGUCAUCUGUGCCUAUCUGGAAAAAGGAGAUCUAUGAGGAAGGUGUAGCCGAGUGGAAGGAGAACAAAGAGUGUAAAUGGAGGAGAUCUUCAUCACUGACGACCUGAGAGGUGCUAUUUACACAGUGUCGACAGUAGUGCAUUUCAUCUAAUCAGACAGGUGGAUGCUUUUACUACUAUUAUUCUUGUUACCAAAAAUAUAUCACUUCAAUGAUUAAUUCCCGUGCCGCUGAAUGGUAUGUAGACUGGUGCACAUCUUUGCUGAUGCUGAUGUGGCGACUGAUAUUUUUUGAGGCAGUUAUUUCUAUCAGUAGUGAUAUAUUUUUGAUAUUACCAAGCAUCUAUGGAUAAGUGUAAUUAGGACUUCGUUUUGGUUUAACUGUUGAUGAAUAGUGUGAUGGUAUGAAACACAUUCUACUCACAGUCAUCGAGCAACUAAUAGCAAAUCAAGUACAAGAAAAUGGCAGGCAUCGGGGCACUAUUCUCCCACUAAUGUUAACCAAAGUGCACUGACAAAUCCUGAUGUGUGCAUGGAUAUAGCAGAAUGAGUGUUAGGACACAUUAUGCAGUCCAUACUGUCUUAUUAUUUACGAGAAUAAGACUUGGCAGUGUACAGCUCA